CAUCGAGCAGAGAGAGACACAUUCAAGCAAGUUUUCAGUGAAGCUUAAUUUGAACAGCAAAAUGAUGUCGUUGGAGUGUUUCAUCUUCAUUUUGAUCACUUCUCUUGUGACAGGAGUUCAGUGUGAUAUGACAGAGGUGUUUGCUGAAGUGGGUUCUCUGGCUGUACUACCCUGUCAAUACAGCCCGGGAUCCAAUGUUUCUCCUCGCAUCAUCUGGAGCAAAGCGGACAAAGGCACUGUCUGGAGAAUGGAGACGAGCGGGUUGCAGAUGUGGGGCUCGAGUUGGUCACCGAACGGGAACCAACGCGUACGGUGCCCCCACACUCAGUUUGAAAGAGGCCACUACAGCCUGCAAAUCCUCAGAGUGACGGAGGAGGAUGGAGGAGUUUACUCCUGCAGGGUGGAGCAGGGAGGCCUAGUUGAUGAAACCGUGGUCAUGCUCAGAAUCAUUACAGUGUCCAUCUCUCCACUGGUGGCCAUGUCAGGGAGGGACGUUUCAGUCACUUGUCAGGUGACUCCUGGGUUUGAUGCGUCUGCUGCUGUGCAGUGGAUGUUGAACGACAGUCAAUUUUCACGUCAGACUAGAUUCACCUCAACGGGAGACACGUUCAAAAGCAUCGUGAAGGAAAAGGCAUCCGCGAGGCUGUCGGGGAACUGGACCUGUGUGGUGGGCUACAGGGGCAAAGAAGGCCGGGCUUCAGCAACUCUGACAGUGACAGGAAUCAUCCAACCACCAUCUGACGACACCAAGGUCUACGCUGCUGUGGGAUCUGCAGUCACACUCCCCUGUGUCUUCUCCUCCGGGUUGAUCCCCGAUUUGCCACUCUGGCAGAAACUGCAGCCUGGGUCUCUUAAUAAACGAGCUCCCAGUCGCGUUGCUCCCUCGUUUUCUCCGUCCUCACCGUCCUCUCAGCUUCCCUGGGACAAAUCUACUAGUUUGAAAGAGGUUGACCUGAAGGAUGAGGGCAUGUACAGAUGCUCUGGGACCAUACAGGGACAAAGGCUCGCUCGAAACAUCCAGCUCGUCGUCGCCAAAAUUGACAGCAGCGUCCCGUCAAAGAAGAAGGGCUCCGUGACGCUGACCUGCCACGUGUCCGACACGAGCGAGGUCACUCAAUAUGAAUGGGUUCGUGUGACCUAUGAUCUCAAUGGCACCGAGGCCAUCGGGUCCAUCCACAAGGGGAAGACUCUGAGUAUCAGCCCGUUGUCAGAGGAGAGCUGGGGCACAUGGGCAUGUCGGUUCUCAGGCAGAGACGGCAGUUUAGGAAACAUAACGUACCAUGUUCCAAUGAUGAGUGGUCUGAGUGGACCAAAACCGUCAGGUUUCUCACAGAACACCACUGCUGUGGUCGGGCUCAGUGUUCUCCUCCUCGCCCUGCUGCUGAUUCUGGCUCAGAUGUACAAGAACCACCGAAGGAAGCAAGGCAUCUUUCAGUACCCUGCGAUGGAGACGAUUAUUCAUACCGUCUCCAAUGAGCGGGAGGAGAGAGAGAAGUACCGCGUGAAAGUGUUACCGUAAAGUCUGUCCUCUACAGACAUUGUGUUACACAAGUUUUGAAAUACUUUAUGAGCAGACGUUGUAGCAGAAUUGUUGUCAUUGUUUGAAUAAAUGUGUAAAUGAAAUGUUUUACGUUA